ACAUGGCGGAGGAGCUGGAGGUUGUAGAUGUUGAGGGAGAAGGAACCGAGGUGAAUUUAAGCAGGGGCUCUGAGGAUGGAGGUGUCCUUCAGGAUCAGUAUUUGCAGUCGGUCUGGAAGGCUAACAGUGGCAUUUUACCCUGGACUUUAGACAGUUCCAUCAGUGCAGAGAACAGGGAAGCCAUUGAGAAGAUGCUGCUGGAAGAGGAAUAUUAUCUGGCUGGUAAGGAACUGCCCAAAAACCUCUGGACUGGUGAAAAGCAGAGAGUUAAAAAGUCUCCUGUGAAACCGGUGGGACAACCUGUUCGCUGGGCUCAGGAAGAGAAGGAUCUUUUUGAGAAAGGACUAGCUCAGUUUGGUCGGAGAUGGACAAAAAUUGCCAAGAUGAUUGGUAGCCGCACUGUUCUGCAGGUCAAGAGCUACGCCAGGCAAUAUUUUAAAAAUAAGGCUAAAAUUGAUAACCCAUUGCUGAAGACCUCAGAAGUGUCUUGGGGGUCCAUGAGUGAACCUGCAUCAAAUGUAAAGUGGACAUCUGGAAAGUCAGCUGAAGAUCGCAGUGCUGUGCUGUCCAAUGCGGUGAGGAUUGAGAGGUUGUCCGAUGAUGAAGAUGUGGACGUCACGGAUGACCUUAGUGAUGAUGCUGCUCCCUGGGAAAGCCAGCCAGAUCUGUCUGAGGCGACAUCUUUAGAGGGCCACAACCAAACCAAUGCAUCCUUCUCCACCCAAAAUUCCAAGCCUUCCUUAUCCACAGAGCUGUCCCAUGAUGCAUUGCCCAGUGGGGCCAAAGAAGGGUCUGCAGAUACACGUUGUGACGCCACACCUGUUGUUGAAGAAGAUUCUGAAUUAGCCAAGCCUGACAGCCCAGGUGAAAUGUCCAUGUCCGAGAUGGAAGGAAAAGAAGAAACAGGCCAGAUAGAGCCAGUGAUAGGGCUGGAUGUGGAGUUUGAGGAAGACCUGAAGGUCCCAGAGCAGGAAGUGCAGCUGUGCAGAUUGGACAUCACAGAGGAGGAGAAGCAGGCAAUCUCUGAGUUCUUUGAAGGCCGUCCAUCCAAGACCCCGGAAAGAUACCUCAAAAUCAGGAACUAUAUCCUGGACCAGUGGGAGAAGUGUAAACCUAAGUACUUGAACAAGACAUCGGUACGGCCUGGCCUUAAGAACUGCGGUGAUGUUAACUGCAUUGGUCGAAUACACACCUACCUGGAGCUCAUUGGGGCCAUCAACUUCAACUGCGAGCAGGCAAUUUACAACAGGCCCAGGACAGUGGAGCGCUCCCGAGCAAAGGAAGCCAGGGACACUCUGGAGGCAUACCAGCUUGCUCAGCGGCUACAGUCCAUGCGCUCAAGGAAGCGGCGGGUACGAGAUGUGUGGGGAAACUGGUGCUACCCAAAAGAUUUGGAAGGACACACGUAUGAGCACCUCAGUGCAGAGGAGCUUGCCAAGAGGAGAGAGGAAAUGAAGAAGCAGGCCAAGCCGGUCAGGGUCCCCAGGCAGAGAGGCUCCUUUGACCCAUUUCAGCUCAUCCCCUGCCAGGCCUUUGGUCAAGAGAAGCAGGAACCGUUUCAGGUGCUAGUUUGUGCAGAGGCUCUGGUUGUUAUGGACAUGCAUGCACAUGUGUCCAUGGGCGAAGUCAUUGGGCUCCUGGGAGGAGGUUAUACCGAAGGCGAGAAAGUGUUGAAGAUCUGUGCUGCAGAGCCCUGUAACAGCUUGAGCACAGGGAUGCAGUGUGAAAUGGAUCCAGUGUCUCAGACCCAAGCUUCAGAGCUCCUGGCUGGGCGGGGUUACAGUGUAGUGGGCUGGUACCACUCCCAUCCUGCCUUUGACCCCAACCCAUCAGUUCGUGAUAUUGACACACAGGCCAAGUACCAGAGUUACUUCUCCAGAGGUGGAGCUCCCUUCAUUGGGAUGAUCAUUAGCCCAUACAACCCCAGCAACCCCUUGCCUUACUCCCAGACCACUUGCCUGGUGGUGAGCGAAGAACAAGGACCCUCAGGAUCUCACAAAAUUCCUUUCAGGUUUGAGAUCCACCAGUCACAUGAGGAGCCAGACUGGGCCCAGAUCAUGAGAAGGGCAGAGUGGGUGGUGCACAAAUACAAACAGUGUCACGGCAGUGUGCCCAUGGAUAGGUUUUUCCGUAGAGAUUCUCAUCUCACCUGUUUAGAAAAAGUAAGUACAGUGAGGCUUUCAGAUGUUUCUGAGUAG